AUGUCCCCAGAAAAUAGCGAAGAAAAGGCUGCGAUAUUCCACCUGGACGAAGUGCAGAGCAACUUCUACAAGCUCCUGACGCUUUUCUACAGUGGGAUUGGGAUCAUACAGAGAGAUGCCCCCGCCCGUAACGAGAGAGAAAAUCCAGAUGCUCUCCUGCGCCUGGAGAACAACAUAAAGGAGAUAAUAGGGCAGUUCAUAACGACGAAGGAGAAGCUGAAAGUUCGGAUUGAGGAAAUAGAGGGCCGGACAGAAGAAUUCAGCCAGUUGGGUGCUUUAAUAGAGGAAACCCGGGAGUUGGACGAAGUGCUCCUCGAGAAAGUCGCCCUUCUGGAGGCAGAACUUCCCCUCCUAAAGGAAGAGGUAAACCGCCUGGCAGAUGAAGUAUGCAGAAUGUAG